AAUGAUGCCGGAUGUCACCUUCAUCCCCGAGAGCGGUGGCCUUCUGGCGCUAAUGGAUAAUCUGCUCGGACUUCUCCGUAUUCGCGUCAUUCGUGGUGUCAAUCUUGCUGUUCGUGACGUUCGUAGCAGCGAUCCUUACGUUGUCGUCAAGAUGGGAAAACUAAAACUGAAGACGCGGGUGAUAAAGAAGGAUAUCAAUCCUCACUGGAAUGAAGAUCUGACUCUUUCUGUCAGUGACCCAAGUCUUCCAAUUAAGCUGACUGUUUACGAUCACGACACGUUUACGAAGGAUGACAAAAUGGGGUAUGCUGAGUUUGAUAUCAAAUCAUUUACGGAAGCUCUGAAAAUGAACUUGAGUAAUCUUCCGAGUGGAACGACAAUCUCACGAAUGCUACCAACCAGGCAAAACUGUCUUGCUGAAGAGAGCUGUGUGGUCUGGAAAGAUGGUAAAGUAAUUCAAGAUAUCUACCUUCGAUUGAGAAAUGUUGAAUGCGGGGAAGUCGAAAUUCAGCUGCAGUGGAUUGAUCUUCCAAACCACAAAGGCUGAAAGAAAGAUCUGGUUUAUCGGAGCAUCAUCCCUGCUAGCUAGAGGUUACUGCUCUUUCCACUUCCCAUCAUUUUCCAUUCUUCAAAUUAUUUGUAUAUUAAUUCUUCUGUGUCCUACACAGUCUGCAUAGUGCUUGAUUGUAGCUUGAUUUUUAUUCAUGGAUGAUAGCCUCUGGUUUUGGCCAAGCUUUCUGAUGGGUAUCGUAAAUAAGUUGUUCUCUGAUUCUGAUUUUAUUGGCAAUAUAAGCUACCAUU